AUGAUGACUCCAAAACCACCACCCGUUUUUAUUGUGCCUGGAAUGCAUGUCGGCUGUUUACCGGAUGAUGCCAUGAAAACGAACACACUGGAAUGUUUCUUUGAUUCUGUAUGUCUUAAUACCACAGCACAAUGGAUUUCAACUUUACCAGCUACUUCUUGGCCAAAGCCGUUAAACAGUUCCAUGAAAUCACGUUUUAUUUCCACCACUCCUACUGUUAUUCUUAUAGAUGAACUGAUGAUCGAAGAAUGGCAAAAUAUAACAAAUUUUUCAGGUUACUAUGCUGCUUGCUCACCAGCUUCAUGUACUUACACAAUAACUAAACAUAGUGGUAUUCUUCAGAUACUAGCAGUACUCAUCGGAUCAUUAGGUGGUCUUAUAGUAGUUCUACGUACCAUUACUCCGCAAUUUGUUAAAUUACCUGCUCUUCUUGUUCGUAUUCUUUCAAAAAGAAAGAAGCCCAAUACAAAUAUACAAGUGCAGCAGUUAGGUAUGAUCUAA